UGCUUUUGGCGCGAAAUGACACCCGUUUUCUUACUUUUUAUUUACUCGCACGCGCAAAAAAAUAUUGUAAAAAUUAUAUAAAUAUUGUAAAAAAUUAUUGUAAAAAUAAGAUAAAACCAAAAACAACCAUGACUAUGGAUUUAAAAGAGAUUAUAAAAUGGUUCAUACCCUGUUUCCAUAUAUUGCUAUUUUUAAACAAAAAAAUGUAUGUGCGCAUGACUUUUUGUUUGUUUUUGUUUUUUAAUUUGUGUUUAGUAAAUGGGGCUACGGUGAAUAAGGAGUUAGGUGUAAGUGAACGUAUUGAUAAUGCCAAAAAUAUAGUUAAUUAUGACAACAAGUUUAGUUUUAACCAAAGUGUAGUGAAUGAUGUUUUCGAAGAAAAAGGAUUGAUUGAAGAUGAGUCUACUGGUCGCACCUUCGGACGGCCGUUCAAGAAGAUGGUGGGGUCCCUCAUGCCGCUGAUCUUCCAGAUCGGAGCGGCGUCCACCUGGGCUGUGGUGGCUGCCGUCGUCGGUGUGAAAACGCUAUUGGUUACGUUGCUUAUCUUGAAGCUGUUGCUCGUUGCUGGCGCAGCUAAAUUCGGCGCGCUGUUUGCCAGCAAGGGUCAGCAGUCCCACGGCCACGGCUGGGAGCCCCACCAGAAGGAGAUCCACUUGCACAUACACAACGGCCAAGUGUCGCAUGAACACGACGAACAUAGCAUAGUACCAUGGAGCCGAGAUAGCAGCCAACAGACAGACAAGAACUACAACAUUUACAUGGAGCCGUACGUCGCGUCCGGUCCACAAACCAUUAGCACUCCAUUUGGAAACUAUGUGAAGAUUGGCUCAAGGAAUUUGAGAAAGAAGUGAAUGGUCUUUCGUGUAAAUAACAAAGUCACUUACUUAAUUUAAGUAUUAAUAGUACACAUGUUACCUUUAUUUAUGUUAAAUUUACGUAUUUAUUAUUGUUUGUAAAGUGUGUAAUAAAUAAAAUACUAGAAAUGCGUGUAUGAGUA